AUGCUUCAUUACGUAGGAGGUUUGCCAAUUAAAACCAGAUUACAUAGUGCUUAUCGUUUUAGUAAGCAAAUUGAUUAUAAAGGCACUUCCGAAGUCGAAACAUAUAUAUGGUGUUCAAAAGGCAAUAAUAUAUACCCGCAAAAAUUUUUAUUAACCAUGAUAAUUAUUGACAAGGAUAUCCUUAAAGCAAAUAUCACACUUCCACCAGAGAGCGAAUAUGUUUGGUAUCUUGGGUAUGGAAGCAACAUGAGCAAAAAAACUCUUGAAAGAAUGCGCAAGGUAAAACCGCGUAAAUCCAUUGCGUGCACAGUUCCAAAUUAUUUUCUUUCGUUUGAUAUAUAUGGUCAACCAUAUUUCGAACCAGCUUUUGCAUCAAUUUAUCCGCAUCCAUUACAUUCUCAUUCUAAAUCAAGUAUAACAUAUGAAUAUGCCAAAGAUAUUCACAAUCAUUGUUGUCCUGGUUUACCGUUUAAAUUCAAUCCUGAGGCUCCCGAAAAAUCUUUACCUCCUAUUUUAAAUGGUAUAUUAUAUCUAAUAAGUAAACAGGAAUAUCAACAUAUUCUGAAUACUGAAGGUGGUUGGGGUUAUGGUGACUUAGGACAUGGUUAUAAAGCUAUCGAUGUUGAAUGUAUUACUUAUGAUAAUCAAAAACUGAUCGCAAAAACGUUAAGUUCUCAAUCUGCAUCUGUUGAAGCUGGUUGCCAACCAAGUUUAAGAUAUUUGAAUCUUCUUCGUGUUGGCGCAAAAGAACACAACCUUUCACCAGAUUAUCAAGAUUAUCUUAAUUCUUUAAAACAUUUUGAAAUAUCAACUACUUCAAAGAAAAUUGCUCGUAUUUUAUACUUUACUUUUUCAAUACCUUCAAUAUUUUUCUUUAUUCUUUUCGCUAGUAUUUCAUUAAAAUUUGGUAAAAGAUUACCAAAAUCUAUUGCUAAAGCAAUGAUUUUUGUUAUAAAUAUUUCUAGAGCAAAUUAUAAUAAUUUCUUUAAACCUUUAUUUGGUAGUGGUACUAAUAAUGAUUAA